AUGGACGUGGAAUGUCAAUGCGGCACAGUUACAUUCAAGACUCCAGCACCUGAACCCCUUGAUAUCUACUGCUGCCACUGCUCGCAAUGCCGCAAGCAAUCUGCUUCAGCAUUUGCUCGUCCCACAAAGAGCGGCGGGCACAUGGACUGCUUUUUCUGCCGGCUAUGCGGGACUCGGGUUUUUCAUCGCACAUGCGAUGAGAAUGGAGUACCCAAAUCAACAGUCAGCAUCAAAGGGGGACUGAUCUUUGGACUUAAGAUGGAUAGGGGAAAGCAUAUCUGGACGAGCAGCGCGGUCGUGAGAAUUCCUGACGAUGCAGAGAGGUACAACGAAUCACCGCCUGCGACGCCCGACAGUGGCAAGGAUUGA